AUGGCUGCUUAUAUAGACUCCACAGCUCCUUUCUCUCUGGACGUGUACCAUGUCUCUGAGGAACUGGGGUUCAUUCUACCAGAGCCUCUGCACGAACUUCCACCUUACUACCAACCAUGGAUGGACAUUGCCCAGCGAGUCCCAGAGCUUGUUCUUGCACAUGAGUUGCGAGCUCAUAUUAACAAGAUGCCUCUACUGAGCAUCAAGUUCCUGCAGAGGCAUAGGGAACUGCGACUGGCCCACCUGGCUCUCGGCGUCAUGACCAUGGGAUAUGUUUGGCAGGAGGGUGAGAACAACACUGUAGAGAUGCUGCCGCACACUCUGGCUGUUCCAUACUGGGAGCUGUCCCAACGCUUAGGACUUCCUCCAAUUCUCACCCAUGCUGAUGCGGUGCUGGCGAACUGGCGGAAGAAGGAUCCAGAGGGGCAUUUAGACAUAGAGAACUUGGAACUGGUGGUCAGUAUCCCUGGCGGUGAAAGUGUGCGGGGCUUCUUCAUUGUCACUCUAAUGGUGGAGCGAGCAGCAAUUCCUGCUCUGAGGAGCAUUCCUAAAGUGAUUAAUGGUGUGAGAUGUGGGGAUACUAAAGCUGUGGCCAAAGCCCUAGAAGACAUCAGCCAAUCUAUAGACGGCAUGGCAGAGUCCCUCAGACUAAUGCAAGUGCAUGUGGAUCCAUCUGUCUUCUACGGCAUCAUGAGGAUAUUCUUGUCUGGGUGGAAAGACAACCCAUGUAUGCCAAAUGGUCUGGUUUAUGAAGGUGUCCAGACAGAACCAAUGGAGUAUUCCGGAGGCAGUGCUGCACAAAGCAGCCUGUUGCAUUGCUUUGAUGAACUUCUGGGAGUUAAACAUGCAGCCAAAAGUGGUGCCUUUCUAACAUGCAUGAGGAACUACAUGUUACCUGGUCACAAGCAACUCAUCGGGGACAUCUCAUUGCAACCCUCCCUGAGGACUUUUGUGCAGCAGCAGGAGAGUGAGCAGCUAACCGAGGCCUUUCAGGAAUGUGUCACCAAACUGUUGGCUUUGCGCAGCUAUCAUAUCACCGUCGUUACUCACUUCAUCACAAUCCCCGCCGCUAAAGCCCGCCAACUACGGAAACAGAGCAGGGAUGAAGAGGCGGGGAUGAUCAGCAAGGCCCCUGCUACGCUGGAGGAACGGGGUACAGGUGGCACUGACAUCAUGAGCUUCUUAAAGACUGUGAGGAAUCAAACAAGAGACACCCUGCUGCCCAAGACAAGCAAAGAGAUGAAACACAAAAGCUGA